AUGACCAUUGAAUUAGAGGAACCUCCGUUGACACAAGACAACUUCCAAGUUGUCAAAGACCUAGUCGCUGGGACCAUGGGGGGUGUUGCUCAAGUGUUGGUGGGUCAACCCUUUGACACUGUGAAGGUGAGGUUACAGCUGGCUCCUGAGGGUACCUAUAACGGGGCAAUGGAUGUUAUCAAAAAAUUGUUGAGUACCGAAGGUCCCGCGGGCUUCUACAAGGGAACAUUGACCCCGUUGAUCGGGGUAGGUGCCUGUGUCUCUGUUCAAUUCUCUGUGAACGAGGGAAUGAAGCGUCAUUAUAAUACGGCUUUGGGAGGUAAACCGUUACUGUUAGCGCAAUAUUUCAACUGUGGUGCUGCUGCAGGAUUUGCUAAUGGAUUUUUGACUGGCCCAAUUGAACAUAUUCGUAUUAGAUUACAAACUCAGACUGGUGCUGUGAAACAGUUCAAUGGACCAGUCGAUUGUGCGAAGAAGUUGUUUCAAGCGGGAGGAAUUUCCGCGAUUUACAAGGGGUUGGGUCCCACUCUCGUAAGGGAAUCAGCUGGCUUGGGUAUCUAUUUUGCUACAUACGAGGCCCUUAUCAACCGCCAGUCUGUCAAGCGUGAAGAAAUCCCUGCUUGGAAGUUGUGUACAUUUGGUGGGUUGCUGGGUUACGCCUUGUGGAUUGCAAUUUAUCCUAUCGAUGUUAUCAAGUCUAAAAUGCAGACCGAUUCGAUUACACUGCCCAAGUACUCCAAUUCCUUCGCAGUCGUACGUGAUCUCAUGAGAACUAGAGGCAUUGCUGGGUUCUACAAGGGUUUUGUGCCAACAAUUUUACGUGCAGCACCCGCAAAUGGCGCAACGUUUGCUGUAUUCGAACUUUUUAUUAGAAUGAUGGGUUAA